AUGACCGAGUUUCGAAUGCCCGUCCACCAGGGUCCUCCUGCCCGAAAACCGCUACAUCAGCAGGAUGGCUAUACAUCAUAUCAACCCUAUGGUACCCCGCGAGCCCUUGCACCUCACUCGGCUAGCGCUCAAACUACCCACAGUCGGACUCGCACCACCUCUUCAAAUGUACUGCCUUAUGGGUCGAGUUCUCAGCAGUACCAAGCAGCCCCAAUAUCGGCAGUCUCUCCGCACACAAUGGCGCCGCCGGUGGGCUUCCAACCCACGCGACGAAUGUCCAGCACAACUACAUCGACAAACUCGACAGGAAAUAACUACAUGCCCCAGACAGACUCGGAUAUCCGACGGAGCGCAUCCAACCGCUCGGCGAAUACACAGCUUGGAUAUGUAGCCCUCAUGCGGCGACAGAAGGCUACCGUGUGGUGCGAUCGGGCCCAACCGGAGGAUGCCCGGGUGCGCGAACAGGCUAUGCGAGACAAAAGGCGAGCGUUCCUUGAGGUCCACGGCGCGGGCGCCGAACGCUCAUCCACGCUGGCUAGCGGCAAGAUUCGACAUGGUGGCAAGGCGGGGCUGGAUUUCUCCCCUUCGAACUUAGUUGGCGCUAAGGUUCCCGUACGACUGAGUGCGAAUGAAAUCGGCGAUGGUGAUGACGAUGCACAUAGUGCCGAGGGUGGUAUCUUGCAUCGCCGGACUGGUAGCGGCCGUAGCUCGCUGGGAAGCAACCGGUACCCCAGUGGCUAUCAGCGCCCGCAAGGCACUAUGGGGAGCAACAGCACACCUCCCAACGAGAAGACCGAACUGCCAGACGUUUCUGAAAACACACCAGCUGAGAUUCACGAAGAAGAGAAGAACCGAGUCUCAUCCCUGGUUAAGGACGAUGCUGCAACCACGCACACUACAAAUAGCAGUGAGCAAGAGGACUUCGUGCCCGAUAUGCAAGCGCCUAGCGCUGUUGUCGCUGCGACUUCUAAAGCCAAGAAAGCGGACGAGCUACGGCGACGAGGCAGCGUUGAUGAGCGAACUACCUCGAUGACCCGACUCUUCGUCGCAAAUCCUGAUCUCAGCGACUAA